CGGGUAAAGACAGGUACAAAAACGAUGCAAUAUACAAUAUAUUGUCGUUUCCUCUUUAUUGCGCACACUCUUUCUUUCCUUCUAUUUUAUUCUUGCAACAUUCUUGAUAGUUACUCUAAAGGAAAACAUGGAAUCAACUUUGCGAUCCAAACAACAUUCGACAAGUCAUUCGACUAAAUCAGCAGCUCCUCAGCCAACCUUCACUACUGCUACUACUACUACUGCUGCUACCAAUACCAUUUCCAAAUCACCGCCGUUGCUCGCUCCUGCCAUAACUGCAACGAGUGGUUCUUCUUCUACUAUUAUACAAAGCCAUUCCGAGACGAUUGAUCUGACAACGCCACCUCGUCGCACGCGUAUUACUCGAGCGUGUGACACGUGUCGACGGAAAAAGAUAAAAUGUGAUGUAAACACGACGCAGCCAUGCACUACGUGUCGACAAUACCAGUGGAAUUGCACUUUUAAUGAUACAGCUAAAAAACGAGGACCACCGAAAGGAUACAUCGAAAGUCUCGAAACACGACUGGAGAAAAUGGAGCAUUUGCUACAGCAGAUGCAAGAUAAGAAACGAAAGCGGCCCAAUUCGUCUUCUGCCCUCUGUAUAAAGAAUAUACUAGCCGACGAGGACGAUCAAGAACACAGUAAGCAAGACAAAGAUGAAAGCGAUGACGAAGAUCAUCCUGCGGUCAAAAGAAACACACUAUCAUCGCCAUCGCCACCACCAUCAUACAAACUAGGAACAUUAACAACGGAGUCGUCUUUGAUCGAUUCAUUACUCCACAAGUUUUUUAACAUCCAUACUAUUACGAUGCCUGUUAUUGACAAGAGCGCGUUUUUUGCAAUAUAUAAUGCUAAGAAGCAUAACAAUGUUAGCAGCAGUGACUGCAUUAGCGCUACUACGAUUUCACAAUCACUUGUAUACGCCAUGUGCGCUUACACCUGCUAUCGACUAUCAGCAAAGGAUCCCUUGUUUGAAACUAACAAACCGAGUCGCGACACUGCGUUCAGAUACUUUACGGACAAGGCCGCCGACCUCAUCAAAGAUGAAUAUUUCGUUUCGCGACUGGCAACAGUUCAAGCGCUUAUCUUGAUUUGUGCACAGCCCGUUGUGGCCACCGAUCAGAAUCGUAACUGGGUUUUUAGCGGCUUGGCUGUCAGGAUGGCUCAAGAGUUUCGAUUACACCGACUAGCAACAAAUCCUCCUUCUACCAUCCAAGACGAAAAGCAACUGAACUGGUACAAACGAAUAUGGUGCGCCGUGUACAAUAUUGAUCGAUGGAACGCUGCAGCCAUGGGUCGUCCACUUGCAAUUGCCGAUGCCGACUGCGACAUUGCCUUGCCAACGCUACCGCAUUCAUCAUCAGAUGAUUAUCACCAUCACGUUAUCUUUAUCUAUCUGACAAAACUAUCCUGCAUUCUUGGUGAAAUCUUAAGGACAAUUUACACGCCACAGGCCAAGUACUAUCUUCAUCAAUCACCGUCGUCAUCGUCGUCGUCGACAGCAACAACAACCACAGGAGCAGGAGCAGCGGCUGUGGAACAGUUGUUGCAACGGUUACAGUGUGAACUGACACGAUGGUUUGACGCGUUUUCAGCACAAGACAUUAUACCAGAAGAAAAGGCGUGGCCACUGACGGUUUGUUAUUACGGCGUCACCUUAAUGUUAUACAGACCCUUCAUUGACAACAUUUGUAAUGGCCGGUACGAUCAUAUCCGGGCUUCGGAAAAUUGCUCCGAGAUUGCAAGGAAAAUGACCAGUCUUGUCAGAGCAGCAAACAAAUUGGAUCUCGUACGCUUUGGUUUUAUCUUUAUAGGAUAUUCAAUCUAUCAAGGAUUGCUUAUUCAUGUAUAUGACAUGUUUAGUGAGAAUCUAAAAACUGCAGCAGCAGGACGCGAGUAUGUCCGUGUCACCGUGGAUGAGUGCCUGAUUCCGCUCUGUGAUGAGCUAUCAGAUGCUUCAGAUAUAAAGCUUAUCAUGGCAUCUACGAUGGAACUACUCAAGUCCGAAGGAUCCAAAUAUGCGCAACAGCAGCAGCAAGAGCAGGGCCAACAAAAAGAUGAAGAGAACGAUCAGAGAUGGAGACAGAUACUUGGUUCUGCAGGUCCUCCACUUAAUGAACUGGGAUGGGCGGGUGAAAUUAAUUGGACAGUGUGGAACCACUCGCCAUCCAUGCUGUUGCAAAAACAGUAACUGUUUUCGAGGUCCAAGCGCCGCUAUUCCCUCCCUAAACUCGCAAUGCUUGUGUGUGACAGAAAAAGCAUGCUUUUGAGUGAAUGCGUACAUAAUACCCAUUUCUUUAUAAUUCU